AUACUUUGAUUGUGUCAUUGAAUGAAAAUCGACGAUUAAAUUUAAAUUUUAAAUACGAAGCUUAAACAUUGUUGGCUGAAAAGCUUACAUGUAUUUUGCGUUUGUGCCAUUUCUAAAGAACUAAAUAAUAGGAAACAUAGUUUUUUUCCAACAUGUCAUCUUAUAAACCUAUAGACUCAAAAAGAGAAGAAUUCAGACGAUAUUUAGAGAGAGCCGGCGUUAUGGACGCGCUUACUAAAGUUCUUGUCAGUCUUUACGAAGAACCUGAUAAACCUGAAGAUGCUUUAGAAUAUGUUCGUAAACACUUAGGCACGGACGGAGGAGAGGAUGAACUUGAAGCGGCUCGAGCUCGAAUUGCAGAAUUAGAAGCCGAGAAUGCUUUACUAAAAGGAGAAGCUGCACCGGCAGAAGGAUAAGCAGACCAACUGGCAUCAAUAGUUAUGAAGCAUGAACACUAACUCAAAGUCCUAAAAAUCAGAGGUCACUAUGUACUUUACUAUUAAAUACAGCAACAAUUUUAUAUUACUAUUUAAAAUAGGAACAUCUAAAUACAAUUGCAGUGAUUGUGUUCAUGUAAUAAGGCACUUGAAUUUAUGACAUGUUAAAUUUCAUAUGAUCUCAAUAAUAGCUUUUUUAUAGAUCUCAAAACAUAAUGAUUUUUGUGUUGAUUAAUUAAUUGUUAUAAACAUGGAAGUAUUAUUUUUUGUUACAUUAAGUUUGAUAAAGUGCAAGACAGCACAAUAAAUAUUUUGGUUUUUAU